AUGGGUAAUUGGAGAAAACAACAAGGGACGAGUCAUCAUCAAGUGGGUCAGUGGCGAUCCUCGUCUUAUAACGGAAAACCGAAAUCGACGGUGCCUUUGUGGGAAAAGAAGUUUUGUGUUUCGGUUGGUUCUGUUCCGUGGGGGAAGGUGGUGGAAAACAAGAGGUAUAUGUGUCUGCAUGAGAAUGUGAUGAACUGGGAUGAUUCUGCUGUCAAAGAGGCUUUUGACAAUGCGAAAUGCAGGUUUUGGGCUGAGAUCAAUCGCUUUCCUUGCGAUAUACCGUUGCCUGAUCCUAAUGUUUAUAUCGACGAUGUGGAUUCGAAUGCAAGCGUCGAUAGUGAACUUUAUUUGGAUUUGGAAAGAAAAUUAGAGGUUACAAAUGUGGAAGAAAAAGGGGAGGAGGUUGUGAUUUUCGGGGAUUCUCUAAGGUUGAAUCAGUCCUUUUCGGGUCCGGGAUGGGGGGAUGAAGAGGAAGAAACAAAGCCUUUUGAAACAAACUAUGAUUCCCCGGGGUGGGAGCAUCAAAAUAACGAAACAAACUCGUGGGAACAAUGUGCUGCUUUGGUUGAUAGUCGAAAUGUUUAUGAGGAAUGGAAUCGGAGGGAGGGAUACAGUGGUGACUUGUGUAACAAGUAUCAACAAGGAAGAAAUGGUGGGAAUGGAAAUUGGGGAACAUGGGAUGGAUAUAACAGAAAGAGAGAAAAUAACAUGUCAUGGUCUAAGAAUCCGGGAUAUCAUUGCGGUACUAAUGAGUAUAAGAUGAAUCGAGGAAGAAGAAGAAAUCGAGGAGGAGGAGGAAGGAGGGGAAAUUUUGCUUAUAUGGAGAAAGGACCUACUCCUAGACCUGGUGCAUGGUAA